CGAACCAUGCAAUCAUGCAAUGCCUUAGCAAGCUUUCAACUCAACACUUCCGGCCUGUUUUCCAUUCACUUUCAACAUGAGUGUGGGUCAAAUUUCCUUCUGAUAAUCGAGCACCGGGUUAUCCAGAAAUAGCAGCCCAGUGGAGCUUCGUUUUCCGGGAAGAGCAGAAGGUUGGUUGCGAGUGUGUCGGUGAAUCACAGUUUCUCAUGAUCGUUGCUGAACGUUUUGAGAAUUGUCACCAUAUCCACAUUUAAUACACACGCACACGUUAUUCGUGUCGUUUACUUAGUUAUUGUAUCUUUUUGAGUCAUGUCGAAAUGCAGCAUGAGUUACGGAUUUUGUUCAUUACUGGAUUUUCUUGAAGGAUAGUUCAACUGCCUUUACAAACAACUGACUAAUUUUUAGCCUUCUCCAAAUGGCAUACCGUGCGGUCAUGUUGUGGGCUGUUCAGGAAAAUGGCUGCUGCCAGACAGCAACUUCUGCUUGGUGAAGACACGCAACAACAUUCAAACAGGAUACAGGAAGACGAUAUCAAGCAGAUUGAGAAAAAAGCUUUGUGGCUCAAGACAAAACUCCGAGAAGGUCCUAUUAAUGGUCCAUCCAGUUUAAAAACCUACCGUGAGGACAUACGCCAGCUACUCUUCAGGGAGUUCAACAGUCCUGUAACGGACCAGGAAAUCAGUGUGGUGGUACGCAAGGCAUUCCCUGGUCACUCCCGCAAAGGGAAAUACUACCUUGGGCUGGGGACGGAUAACUCACAAUAUGGCGAAGAGGUUGGAGGACGCACCAUUCAAACAGACAACUUAAAGUCAUUAAUGACAGUACAGUCAGAAUCUGAGGGUAGAGACUCAUCCCCCGUGAUGUUGAAACCGGUCAAGAAGCGAGCCAUCCAGGCCUGGAAGGAAACUGAGAAUGGGCAAGCAUUCGCUGCUGACCAGGUACGAUUGUCAGGUCAUACCCAGGUUGUUUCCUCUCACAAUGCAACAGGGCAGUCAGGGCAGAAUGGGCAACUAUUCGCUGCUGAUCAGAUGAUGCGAGAUGCAAACAACCAACUCCCUGCCCCAGUGGUUUCAGUUGCUCCUAACAAUGGAGAUAUACGACCUCAAUGGUCGCCGAUGUUCGUUAGGCUUCCUCAUCCACUCCAUAUGGCACCUAGGGGUAUGCUAUUCCAGCCUGGUACCCUACCUCGAACCAUCCCAAUCCCUCACGGCGCCAUGGUAACCAACGAACCUAACAACAACAUCAACCGAGGCAUUCCAUCGCUAAGAGGUGGACGGAAACGACCGGGCAACAAUCCUGCAGCAUUUCCAAAGUUGUCGUACGGGGCGGAGCGAGUCGGAAAGAAACCACGAAAAGAGAACGCCAUGAUUGAACUCUCCUCAACCCGAAAUGGAUUAAUCGCUGAGCGGCCGAAUCUAGCUGCCAUGCAUAUAAAGCCCAUUAUUUUGGACUUUGAGGUGACUAUGCCCAAACUACCUCUACCCAGACCCAUCGUUGAGGACUGUUUGGAUGAGAUGGGUUCUCACGAUGAUAGAAGUACAAGAAAGCAGAUGGAGACUAAAGAGUCGUCACUUGGUAUUUCUAGAUCUGGGUUUGACUCGGUACCAGCCAGCCCACGUGCUGCAGAUAGUGCAAAUGGGUCAGCAGCAGAUCUAGUCAAUAAAUCUUUAAAUGUUUCAGGGGAUAAAGACUCUGCAGGGAGGACCACAAACCACAGUGCUGAUCCAUUCAAGAAACCGGAUAUUGAGAAUUAUCGGACUAACGUGUCUGCUGGACGCUGUCUGUUAUGUCAGAAUCCAAUACCACCAAACGGAUCAGGGACUGCAAGUGCAAUAACAAUCUGUGUGAAAUGUACAAAGGUUGCUCUCUCUGGCCCCAAAUCACUGAAGCCAGUUCCCAAGUUCCCCUUCGCUUGUAACCCCAAACUGGCACCCAAAACUGUUUACGUACCUGGUCCACGUCGGCCUUUCAAACCCAGACCACCACCCCCAACUGGACCUCAAAAGGCUGUUGGAAUCAGGCUAUAUCCACCGAGGUCUCUCCCUAAAGCCAAACACUCCAGUACUCCAGUACCAUCACCUUCAGGACCUCCUAGAUCACCCAGUCAGUUAUCAGUUCCAGGUUCGCCAGCUCCCAGCCUACCUCUUGGGAGCCCUCAACCACAAUCACCUCUGAUAAUGCACAGUGCUCCCCCGAGUCCUCGGCAAGCAUCAGAGGCUGUACAUAAGUUAUCUAGUCACUCUUUACCACCAAGCCCUUCCAUGAUCUCUCCACAGCGGCUAGCAUCCCCAGCUCCUAGUGACACUAGAGAGACUGACCCUAUACCAAGAAGGCCCUCAAUCUCAUUACAAGUUCCAAGUCCAGGUUAUAGUUCCAAUCCUUCAACUCCUAGUGGAAGGGAUUCCUGUUCAUCUGAAAGGCUUGCACUACCACCAGGGAGAGAACAGGAUGAUGCGACUAUAAAGGCGCUUCUUCAACUGGGACGGGGUGUUGAUCGUGUAGAUCAAGGAGCCACAGAAAGCAUGUCGAUACCGUCACCAAAGAACAGAACAAAAGACAGAGACUCUGCACCUCAACCCUAUCCAAACAGUAGUAUUCCCAUACCCCAUUCACCUAUAUCAUUGCCUCCUGUGGCCUUACCAGGCAACCUACCUCUCCUGCCUGGACAGGUUUCUAUGAUUCCAUCAAACACAGGGGUAGUGAUGGGUCCAGGAGGACAGCUUCUUCCCAUAGUACCAAGUUGGCCGUAUGGUCUCCCUACAAGUGAAGCUCUAAACAUGCUGUCUCAAGGAGUGUACCCACCAGGGUCUUUAUUCGUCCAACCAUCUCUGCCGAGAGAGUCGUCAAGUCCCACAUCAGCAACAUCAGACCUCAACAGAAACCCAUUGACAGAUUCACCCAAACCAUCCAGUGCUGGAUCAAGCCCAGAAAGCCCUUUUGAUAUUUCCCAGAUGAAGUACCGCAAGGGUUACAAGAGAUCAAGGUUAGCCGACAGAGUGUCAGACUCUCCUACUGGAGGAAUCGGUUACGGACCAGAGCAUGGUCAAGAGGAUAAGUCUAAGCCCAAGAAGUCGCUAGUUAUCGUUGGGACAAACUGUGCUGGAUCCUCAUCAAUCAAAAAUGAUGGUAAAGGAGGAUCCUAUCAUCAGGAGGAAGGCUCAAGAGAUGGAGCGGAGGUGUACGGGAAGUCAUUCUCCUGUCAUUGUUCUGGACGGGAAAUCAUUCUCCUACAGUGCACUGACUGUGAUUUUGUCUGUAAUAACAAGCUUGGCCUCGAUCUCCACAUUGCUGCCCAGCGACAUGCAGAGAGUCGCAACAAGACCACAGCGCUGGAGGUCUCGUCUCGACAUGCAAAUGAGGCUGAUGAUCGGGAUGAGGUAAUGUCUCAGUCAUCGGUAGAGACCCAGUCUGCUGAUACGGACACAGAUGCAGCCUCACCACCUCUGAGUAGAAUCCCCAGAGAGGCAACAUGGUCAAGAUUACCCGAUACAAACAAUCACCUACCUCUGCAAUCCUGGCAAGAGAAGGUGCUUCAAUGCAUGCCUCCUAGUCGUGCCUUCCACCAGGGCUCACUAAGAACACCUUGCAUGACCAGCAGAGCCAGCUUCAUCACUGCCCCAACUUAUGGCAGCUUUGGAACAGUAACUGAAAACACAGUACCUCUAGAUCUGAGUGGUAGGAACUUCCAAGCUCCACCAUUCUUACCUGGCAUCUCUCCUCCGUUGUAUACCAUGGAAGAGCUGAGUAAACAGCGACCUAAUGAGGAGCCUAGUCCGUUAGAUCUCUCUGGUUAUGGCCGAGCACUCGGAGAUUGUAACAUGCCACCGCAGUUUGUAUCAAGUCGUAGGUCUAGUACUCAGGGAAGCAUGCCACCUAAGAAGACCGCAGUAGAAUUGAUAACCAGCCAACAACCUGUCUCAGUACCAAGCCUUGUUUUUACGUCGUCAUCCAAUAAGAAGCACCCACCUCCACAGACUUUCUUUGAUCUGUUGCGACAGCACGGUAUACCUGUCUCGACAGAUGCCGUCACGUCCACCUCAAGUUCUUCCAAAAGUGUACAUUCGCCGAACCUCCAUACGAAACUCUCAAAUAUACACUCUCCCGCUGGUCCUUCUUCCCCUAACAUCAGAAGGACCCUUCUUGAUAACCCUUCUAGUCCUAAACCUUAUCCAGUGAUUCCAAGUAUUGUUCUAUCAAGCGGCGCAUCGACACCGUCCUCUGCCCCUAAAUAUAUGUUUCCAACAACAGAGCUGACUCGCCCACCACCUGGGGCUGUUACUAACCCUUUACUUACACAACCACAGUUUCUGAACUAUCAAGGAGGAACAAUAUCUGUUAGACCUACUCAUCCACUAACACAUACUCAUGUGUCAUCCAAAACUGUGCCGAUACUUUCGCCUUUCUCCGGUCAUGAAAUGAGGCUAUCUCCUGGUCGGGAACCACCCCAUUUAAGAGGUUCUGAAUACCUUCCAGUGGAAUCAAGGAACAUGCAUGUUCCCUCACCAACGAUCACUUUAGGAUCACCAAGUAUGGGCUCAUUGAAUUUCCAUGACUCCCCGACCGCUAGGCAACGUCUCAGUGCCCCAGAGUCACCCAGAGAGUACUCCAAUCGUAGAGAUUCCUCCCCCAUUCGAUCUCCUCAAGCAUUGCAUAUCAAAAUUGAGCCACCAGACUCGAAUCACGAUGGAGAGUCCGGUGAGAGGAUAGAACACAUCUGGGAUGAGGAGGCAGAGAAACAGGAAAGAGUUCUAGAAGCUAGCCUGAAUACAUCAGUCCAUAGUUCACCUCCAAACAGUAGCAGGAGUGGGAUAGGGCGGACGACAUGGAGUAUCACAUCAAAGAGCUUACAAAUCAGGGACAAUUCGUUUAUGAACUCAACGUCACAACUUAGUCCAAGAACUGAGCAAACCUCUUCCAGGAAUAACCAGUUAAAUGCCUCACAUUACAGUGCCAAGGAUUCUUAUUCAGGAGUGAAUGAUGCCCUUGAGAGACUUUCCUCGCCUUCUAUGAGUGUCAGUCCAAGUAGAGAAAACCACCGAGACUUUGCCAGGGAUGACCUUCCUGCCAGGGAAGGUAUGCUUUUGGGCCAUCCUGUAUCCAGGUCAAGGGACAGCCUUUCACCCAAUGCCAGCCGAAGUAAAGAGUUGAACGAUGGUAGACGCGAGGCUAGUAGGAUUUCUGCUUCGUUACCUGCCAGUCCAAGUGCAUGGCAGGUCAAAGUAGAGAAAUAAAGCCUGGAAGUGGUUGUGGUACACGUUAAGACAUUGAUGCUGCUCAUGGUGAGAAGGUGCGAGAAGCUGGAGAAAGAGGUUGAGUUUGAUCGAGAGGAGGAAGAGGCAGGCCAGAACGACGAUGAGGAUGGAGACCGAGAUGGCGAAGAAGAAAUAUAUCGAGAUGAAGAGGAGGUAACCAAGAUGAACAAGAGGAGGUUGAAAGACAAGAAUGGUGAAGAAGAGGCAGGACCAAGAUGGAUGAUCAUGAGCAGGUAGAGAAAAACGAGAAUGGUAAAGAAGGGGCAGACCAAGAUCAUAAAGAGUAGACAAUGAUAAGGAGAAAGACCAAGUUAAGACUAAGAGAAAAAAGUCAAGAUGGCUCUGAAACAGGUACAGAACUUUGUGGCGUCACUUCGUCAAUUCAUCAUUUGUCUAACAUCUCUUGGCCUCAUGCUAAAACAGCGCCCUCUCUGGCAUAAAUCAAAUAACUCCUAUCAUUGCCGACAGUCGCCUUGGUGCCUGCACGUUCAAGCUUUUGACCUCGGCUAUGAUAGUGCAUGCAAAGGCUCUAUGUUUAAUUGUACAUAUACUUUGAAUGUAUGUCCAGUUUAGAUAAGACUGUCUUAUUUGUAUCAUGCCCAGCAUUGCAUUCUGCAAAGAAACCAUCUCCAGGGUUUCUAUAUGUACACUUAGUGUGUGUAAUUAUAGAUGACGCGAUUCGUGACCUCAUUAAGGACCCGCAGGUCAAGGGUUAGCAGGCAGAGAGUGUACACUGGUCAAGAAAAGAAAGCUUGUAUUUUCAGUCACUGUAGGAAGAUAACAUCAAAACAGAAUUUCGGUGGUCUGCAGCUGUUCAUUUUGCAAUGGAAACUGUAAAACAUAUACAAGUUUCCAUAUAUACUCCAUCUUUGGCCUUGGAAAUGCCCUAGUGAAUGCCCUACUAUUGCUGUAGACCAAUGAAUCAAAGCCCAAAGAGAACUUUGGUGUUCAGCUGCUCUUAAUUUUGCAAGUGAAACUGUAAAACAAGUUUCCCAAUCUGCUCAAUAUUUGACCUGAGAUGAUUGAUGGGAAUCAUCUUUCUGAAAUGAUGUCACAGUCGUCAAUUUACCUCAUGCAUUUAUGUCAUCGCGCCGCCAUCUUGGAGGUAAAAUACCUCCACCCGAGGGAGCCCUACUCAAUUGAGCGUAAGUUCUAGUGACUGUCCUUUUAACAAUCUCAUUGUGAACUGAAACACUUUUGGAACAGAUGUGGAUUUAUCGAUUGAGAAACAAAAGUCCCAGCAAAGACACUUUUCGUCAAUCUUUAGAUUCUUCAGACCGACAAAUAGCCAUCCAAAUUGAAGUUGUUCAUGUACCUCAACCCUGGCUUAUAUUCAAAAUAAAAUAUUCAAACUGCCUUUAACUAUUGUGCAAGCUCAGUGGUCUAGUGGUAAGACAUCUACUCUA